AACUUUAAGACCUCCAGUACACGACACGUCCGGCUCCAGGAACAUGGGCAUGCACUAUAAUUCACACCCAAGCCAAUCGUCCCUCUCUUCGAAGACAUACGGUAGCACUUCCGCCCUCGCUCAAAUCUCGCUGAAAUCGCGGAAAAGGAGGGCGGAGAUUUUAUGUCAUCAUUCUGCGCCAGCCUGCCCUGCGACGCGCCGGCGGCUGGCGCAGCCCUUCGCUCGCCCGGCCUCCCCCUCCCUGGUUCCGCGCUCUGGUUCCGCCAUGGAAUCCAACAAGGAUGAAGCCGAGCGCUGUAUUAGCAUCGCCCUCAAGGCUAUCCAGAGCAACCAGCCCGACCGGGCGCUCCGCUUCCUGGAGAAGGCGCAGCGGCUGUACCCGACGCCGCGAGUUCGCGCCCUGAUCGAGUCCCUCAACCAGAAACCACAGACUGCCGGUGACCAACCCCAACCCUCAGAUGCAAGCCAUGCCACCCAUAGGAAAGCAGGUGGGACUGAUGCCCCCUCGGCCAACGGUGAAGCUGGAGGAGGAGAGAGCACCAAAGGCUACACUGCAGAACAAGUAGCAGCCGUGAAAAGGGUCAAGCAAUGUAAAGAUUACUACGAGAUCCUGGGGGUGAGCAGAGGGGCCUCAGAUGAGGACCUGAAGAGGGCUUACCGCAAAUUGGCCCUCAAAUUCCACCCAGACAAGAACCAUGCACCUGGCGCCACUGAAGCUUUCAAAGCCAUUGGCACAGCAUAUGCGGUACUUAGCAACCCAGAGAAAAGGAAGCAGUAUGACCAGUUUGGUGACGACAAGAGCCAGGCAGCCCGGCAUGGCCACGGGCAUGGGGACUUCCACCGCGGCUUUGAGGCUGACAUCUCCCCUGAAGACCUCUUCAACAUGUUCUUUGGUGGUGGCUUUCCUUCUAGUAACGUCCAUGUCUACAGCAAUGGCCGCAUGCGCUACACCUACCAGCAAAGGCAGGACCGCAGGGAGAACCAGGGUGACGGGGGGCUAGGGGUAUUUGUCCAACUGAUGCCCAUCCUCAUCCUGAUCCUCGUGUCAGCUCUCAGCCAGCUCAUGGUCUCCAGUCCACCCUACAGUCUGAGCCCAAGACCGUCGGUGGGUCACAUCCACAGGCGAGUCACUGACCACCUGAAUGUUGCCUACUACGUGGCAGACACCUUCUCUGAAGAAUACACAGGCUCCACCCUCAAAACAGUUGAGCGAAAUGUGGAAGAUGAUUAUAUUGCCAACCUCCGAAACAACUGCUGGAAGGAAAAGCAGCAGAAGGAAGGCUUGUUGUAUCGGGCCCGCUACUUCGGUGACACAGAUAUGUACCACAAAGCACAGAAGAUGGGCACUCCAAGCUGUAACCGGCUGUCAGAGACCAUGAAAUCCCUGGAGAAUUUUUGGUGACAUGCACUGAGCCAAGGUGAUGGACUGUAUAUUUAAGGAAAGACACACAAAGAAAAAAAAUUAAAAUGGAAUUGGAGGUCAAAUGCCGCACAACUGCCCUCUCUCUCACCCAGUAUAUGCAGAAAGCUCUCAGGACAGACAGACAACCUGCCACAGGGCUGUUUCUCUCCCUCCCCAUCCUGGGGCUGGCAGAGGCUCUGCAUCGGCUCUCUCCUAGGAUACGGAAACCAUGGCAACGAAAGUAGAAUGUAAAACUUGCAACAAAUGUCUGUGAGGAGGGCUGGGGGAGGGGUGCCCGACUGCCUUUCCUGCCCGUCCCAGGAGCCACCACCGGCACCUCAGGAGGAGCCAGUCAGAGGCACUGGUCAAGGAUAGAGAGGAGGAGGAAAGAGAACUCUCCACAGAAUGUAAUUUAUAGAUGCAUGUAUAUGUAUAUAUAUAUCUAUUUAUAUGUAAAUAGACAUAUAAAGAUAUAUAUAUAUAUAGUGUACUUUUUAACCUAUGCAGGGAUUUGGUUAAGUUGUUUAGCUGAUUUCUUUCAUGUUUUAGAAAAUGAGGCCUGUUUGGGGAAGGCAGCCUGGUCCUUCAAAAGCUAGAUGUUCGCCAUAGCUGACGGCAUAAGGAAAGUUGGGGCACGUGCUGUUAAUGUCCCCCACCCACCCCAGCCUGUUUUGGAUGGCAGCAGUAAUCAUGAUAGUAAAAAUCCAAAGAAAACUUCCGAAGGUCACCAGGCUUAUGGUUAAGCUGGAGAAGAGAAAGCUGUGUGGGAAGGAAGGUGCCCAUAGGGGCAAGUACCCGGUCAGUAUUGAGUCACAGUAGAGGCCCCAGACAGGACCUGCUGGGAUGAGACCGUCCACCUCAAGCUGUCCCUCCCCUCUGGCCAGCUCAGGUGGGUUCUUUGUCCCAAUGCCCAGGAACCCUCCAGCUUCCUGCCCACAGAACAGCAGGACUUGGAGAGGGGCCAGUUUCUACCUAACCACUUUCCCACCCCAAAGUCCCUAAGUGGGUUUUGCCUUAUGCGUGCCACAGGGCACAGCUCCAUCGUUGCCACUGUUUUUUCCUAAGUUGUGCACCAAGAAUUCCAGAAGGCUCUUCCUCCAAGAGACAGCCAGGUGGUGCCCAGGACCCCAGGGCAGCAGCCCGACUCCUGAAGAGAGAAGUCAGGGCCUCAGGCACCUCUGCCUUCACCCUCCAUCGAUGUGACUCCACCAGGUUCCUCUUGCACUUUGGACAAAGGACACACCUGAACCAGAAUGGUUUUCUUACUCUCACCUUCAAAUGAGGAUUUUUCUCAAAACAGCAGUUGCUGCCAGGGGAAGGAGGGAGGUUUUGUUUGUUACCACAGUUUAUAUUGGGCCUUUUGGAAUUACCAUUCUUCCCUAAUUUUCCUGUGGGGGUGGGGGUGUCGUUGAGCCUGCCAUCUUCCAAAGCCUUACUUCCCCAAGCUGCCAGCCAGGAGGUGACAACUGUCCUCCCAGAGUUUCUCUUGGCUCUUUUUUUUUUUUAAGUCUCCCAACAAAUAGGAUUCUUGCUGGGAAAGGAAGUUUGGUAAGGAAAUGUCAAAUCUGGUUUUUAAACAAGAUCCUACCCUGCAAUGAAGUGGCCACCCCCGCCCAGAGAGAUCACAAGAAUUGGAUGUGGGCCAGAGUGCCCCACCUGCCGUGGCCCUGGUGCUCUGCCCCCACCACCUCGACUGUCUGGUCUUGGUAGAUGUCCCUAGAUGGGCUGAGCCAUGUGCAAUAAGAACAUAGAUCCUAAAGGAUCCCCUGAGAAGCUGUAUUUCUUGAAUUAGAAUUCCGAAAUUGUACAUCUAUAAAUAUAUGUUUAUUAUGUGAUUGGCUGUGGUGGGUCUGCAUUGAGCAGGGGGGCUGGGAGGGGUACAAGCACCCAUUGGUACUGACACUGUCCAGCCCAUGCCACAAGGAAUUCUUGGUCUCGAGCCUGAACUUCCCUCUCUCCCUUGGCCCUAGCUGACAGCCACUUAAGUCCAAAGUGCUGUUCCAGGACUGACUCCAUCCAGACAAAGGGUAAGGGGCUUGAGUGGUGGUGGGGGUGCAGGACCUCAGUAGGCCAGGUCCCUGGGGUCCCUGAUGCCAGUCCUGGGUGGGCACCUGGGCCCUGCUUUCCCCUAUUCCUGUUCCCUCCCUCCACCCCCUUUGGCGUGCCGGAUGCCUGAACAAAGCAGACUUCCAGUCUCCCCUCUCCCCAGCCUUGAGCUUGAGCCCACAAGCCCAUUCCGAAUCCAGAGCAUGGGAAAAGUUCCCGGAGUUUCUUUCCAUCUCUGGAUACAGUUCCCAGCCAGCCUCCCCCACGGGCCGCCCUCCUCCCCAGGAGGUCUGAAAAGUUAAAAAGGUGGCAGCCUGAGCUGGGAUCCCUGUGAAUGGAGCAGCAGAUCUGCCCGGGCCUCCCAGAGACAGGGUCCAGCAGUCUGACUGGCCAGCUGAGGCCCCUCCUGCUGCCACGCCAGCCAAACACAGGCAGGCUACCCGGUGGUGCCACCGCAGCCCGGGAGCUCAUUGGCUGCCCUGUCCAUGGUCACUGCAGCCCGCCCUGGUCUGUGAGUUGCCACUUGUUAGCUGCAAUUGGCAGAAGCGUUGCCAGGUGCCCCUCCCCCCUCCCACCACUCACCUACUCCAUCCCCCGUCCUCACUGUGCAGCUAGGUAAGCCAGAAGGGGUGGGGCAGGCUCUGUGACUGCAGCAGAUGAGGCUUUGACAAGUAUCCCCUACCCACUGUCAGGUGGCUGAAUGAACCACUAGUCCAUCCGAGUUCCUGGGAUCUGCUAGCCUAGCUCCUUGCUCCAUGCUGCUGCCAGCUCUAGAAAAGGAACUGUUCCAAGGGGCAAGGAACACACAUCCCGGCCCAGCUAUAACCUCAUCCCCACCCUGAGUCGACAGGACAAAGUCACCUGGCUGUCUGGGGCCGGCACACAGCAGUGCCAAGACUCAGAUAAAUAGACUGUCCACACAGUGCCGGUUCUGGAGCGACUCAAAAUCCCUGCCAGACGUCACCCCGUGUGACGCGAGCAAGUCAUCCCGUUUCCCAGAGCAGGAAACUGAGGCAUGGGGGAGGCCCAAGGGUCUCCAAGAAGCUGUGCAUGUCUUUAGGGCCUAUGUAACAAAGUGAUCAUUCUGCAAACUUUUGCUGAAUCCAAAUUUACUCCACUUAAGGAGAUGAAACCCAUUCAUGCCAAGUAAAGUGGGCGGGAACCCUGAGUCCAGCAUGGUGGGGAAAGGUGAAAAGGCCAUACAAAGGAAAAUCGGACAUAAUCUGAGUGGCUUGGGCUGGGCUGGGCUGCCCAGGUAAGCAGGUGUCUCUCCUGGCAAUGACAAAGAUGUCCACCCUGCUCUACAGGACAAUGUCAUACAGGGCAACAUCCCUGAGUAGGUAUUAUUCAUUAUACGCAGGAGGCAGCAUAGCAGAUUGGUGCUGGGUGUCAGUGUGGACCCAAACCCAGCUGCCUUGCUGGAUUCUGGCUCACCCAUGUACUGGCUGGGUGACCUUGGGCAUGUCACUGAAGGAGUUCAGGAAAUGCCACCCCAAAAUAUGCCACUUUGGUAUGCUGAUUACUUCAAACUGAGAACACCUGAGGAACAGCAAAUGCAAGGAGGCUCUCUCUGAACUUCCCCUAUAGACCUAAAGAAGCUUUACUCACUCUACAAUUCCUCCCCUCACCCUUCUAGAACUUGUGUCGCCACCCCCACCCAGAAGCCCCAAGCCCCUAUUUUCUGUAGCUCAGGGUGCUGUAUAAACUUCAAUCAUCUGACCCCUCUUGGAGUCACAUUUUGUGGGACUUCCGUGCCUAUGUAUGCAAUUAAAUAUAGUUUUUCUCCUGUU